CCACUCGCCGGCGACGGGCAAAUCUAAAAUCGACAGCAACCAAGAGACACCUGAACAACAGAAACGCGGCAAAAUCGGGCCGAAUAAAGUGAAUUCCAUGCCAAAGCGAAACGGAAUACAAGUGAAGUGCUAUCGAUACGCCAGAACAAGGGCGAAAAGCUAAAGACAGUCGCGACUCGGAAUCCACAAAACGAGCCGCGCCUCCUCAAACCGAGACCCAGAAAACCGUCAAAAUUACCUACUACUACUCGACGAGUUCGUGCGGCGCGUGCAACCAGAGCGAGGACAUCAUGCUCUUAUCCUACCGAUGCAUCUACUCGGUGCUGCUGUCCACCAUAGCCAGUAUUAUGGUGGUGCUCAGCUCAGCAUCCUCCGGCUCCAUGCAGCUGCCCACCGUGCGCAAGUGCGGCGGCGGCUCCACGGGAGCUGCCCACACAAUGGCCAUGAAUUUGGCGGCCUACGGGCUGCUGGAGAACCGGAUUAGCACUCUGGAAGCACCGCGACAAACGCACUGGAGCAAGAAGUUCCUGGCCAAGCGGGAGGCGACUCCCCAUUCGGCGCCGUACGUGGUCAGUAUCCAGAUGAUGACCCCGGACCAAGGGCUGGUCCACUACUGUGCCGGCACCGUGAUCAACGAGCACUGGAUCCUGACGGCGGCCCACUGCCUCAGUUCACCGCAGGCGGUGGAGAACUCCGUCAUUGUGGCGGGCAGCCACGACAUCCACAACCACAAGGGGGAGGCGAGCAACAUCCAGAUGCGACACAUCGACUACUAUGUGCGACACGAGCUCUACCUCGGCGGAGUGAAUCCCUACGACAUUGCCCUGAUCUACACCAAGGAGCCGUUGGCCUUCGACUCCUACGUUCAGCCAGCCACUCUGCCGGAGCAGGAUGCCCAACCCGAGGGCUAUGGCACUCUCUACGGCUGGGGCAAUGUCUCGAUGACGGCGGUGCCCAACUAUCCGCAUCGCCUGCAGGAGGCCAACAUGCCCAUCCUGGACAUGGAGCUCUGCGAACAGAUCCUCGCCCGAUCCGGUCUCCAGCUGCACGAGACCAACCUGUGCACUGGCCCACUGACCGGUGGCGUUAGCAUCUGCACCGCCGACUCCGGCGGUCCGCUGAUCCAGCAGUGCUGCGAGGAGCACUUCGAGCAGGCCAACAUCGUCAUCGGCAUCGUGUCGUGGGGCAAGAUGCCCUGCGGCCAGAAGAACGCCCCCUCGGUCUUUGUCCGCGUCUCGGCUUUUACUGAUUGGAUCAACCAGGUCAUAAGCACAGCCACCCAGAUCAUGUAAAGUGAUCAUGGGAGAGACGGGACUUUGAAUGAUCCUCCUACCAAAUGAGCUCGAAUGUCACGAUAUCGAAAAAUUAAAUAUACGAAAAAAAAACAACAAAAGAAGAAAAACCGAAAGAAAAAUGUAGAUUCUCUAGACAAUCUCACUAGGAUAAUAAGAUGAACAAAUAUCUAAUAAUAUAUACUGCCCAGAUUUCUGUAAUUUAACACGUAGCUUGUGGCUUAGGCCCACAAAAAAUGAAUAAAAUUGUGAAUAUUUAAAUAGAAAAAUCCUCCACU